CAGUGUCAGCAUUGUACGAAUGCAGGUGCCUGCACCGCCAGAACGCAACAAGAUCAUGGCUUUCUCCCUCACACGACGCAUUCACACUCCUGUCUGUUAUCAUUGCUAACACUCUUCGCCCAAAACUCCUCACUGCUCAUGCUUUGCUGCUUUAUGUUGGUUGAUGGCUUCGCCUCUGCUCUCUACGCUUCAACAUCGCUCAUUUAAAUGCUGACCGCGCCUAUGUGAACAUAUCUAGAGAUAGAACACACUUCCAAACCUCGACCUCCUGAUCUACCCAAUAUGGCGGACGAUUCCCUCAGAAAGCGCACGACCCACUCGAAUGUUGCCGCUGUACUCAAGGCUACAGCCGGCGACGGUGCGGUUGCUACAAGAGAAGAACCACAUCCAGCUGGAGAAGUCAAGUAUGGAACUUUGAGCCAGAUAAUUCGUGCUCUUCUGCUCUUGACGUGGUUCAAUUGCGGUUGUGUCUCGAUCGGGGUCACUCAACUCCUUGGAGCACCGCUAUACUGGUGGAAUAAAGACUACUACUAUGCAUACAUGGCGUUGACGAAACAAUCUUUCGGUAUUUUGGCAAUCGCAGGAACACGUUGGUCUGCACCUACAAAGGUUCGAGUGAGUUGGGACAAGGACUUGCGAGGGCAAUUCCACAAAAGCACAUCGGGAAGGCUUGAAACCUCAUUUCCAGAGCGUCUGGUCUACAUUUCCAACCAUCAAGUCUACACCGAGUGGCUGUACCUAUGGUGGAUAGCAUACACAAGUAGGAUGCACGGUCACAUUUUUAUCAUCCUGAAGGAGUCUCUCAAAUACGUUCCCGUACUGGGACCUGGGAUGAUGUUCUAUGGCUUCAUUUUCAUGGCUCGCAAAUGGAUACAAGACAAGCCACGUCUACAACAUCGACUGGAGAAGCUGAAAACGCGCCACAGUGGUCCGAUGUCCGGUUCUGAAGGACUGGAUCCGAUGUGGUUGUUGAUCUUUCCAGAAGGCACAAACUUGUCGAGAAAUACAAAGAAGAAGAGCACUGCAUGGGCAGAAUCGCAGGGAAUAACCGACAUGAAGCAUGUAUUGAUUCCGCGAAGUACCGGACUUUUCUUUUGUCUUCAGCAGUUACAAGGUACAGUAGACUGGGUGUACGACUGUACCAUUGCAUAUGAAGGAACUCCGAAAGGAAGCUUUGCACCGGACUUCUUCACGAUUCGAUCGACUUAUCUGCAAGGACGUCCGCCAAAGUGCGUCAACAUGCAUUGGCGUCGGUUUGCUGUCGCUUCGAUACCUCUCACCGAUGCAAAAGAGUUCGAGAACUGGUUGAUGGAUCGCUGGCGGGAAAAGGAUGCCUUGCUCGAGCAGUGGUACGAGACCGGACGGUUCCCUGCUGAUGCAGAAUCGGCAGACCUUGCCAAAGGCAUUUCCAGGGACGGAUUCAUCGAGACCGAAAUUACGCUCAACAACUGGAUGGAAAUUGGGCAGAUUUUUGUGGUAUUAGCGUCCGCCGCAUUAGUGGUCAAUGUGACCUUAAAAGCGUACGGGAUUUUAAAAGACCUUGAGGUGAAAGGCGUUCAACCAUGGUCAGACGACGUUAUACGAGACCUUCUUGAGCAUGUCUGGAGCGUGUUGGGUAUGGCUUCCAGCCUUAAGGCAGGCUUUCCUUAACCUUCCGGCUGCUGCAUGUUGACCGGUCACACAAGGCAUCUAAGAAUGACCAUCACGAUGAUCAAGCCAGCGGGAAUCGCUUGAACGAGCCAAUAAUGCGGAACCCUACCACUCUCAAGACAGGUCUUGGACCAGAUCAGGCAAUUGCUUAGCCCUGUCAGCAGCGAUUUGUUUUGUCUCCUGCAGUACAACCGUCUCAUAACGCCCAGUUUCGGGAUGCGGGCAUGGAGAAACGGCCACCGAUUUAUUGCUCGGCUUGUUGGCAUGCAGUACCGAUAUCCCCUUGCAAGCCUCAUGCGCUCCCUUUCUUGGCUGGCAGGCAGCCCGACUUGCACCAGACACGUAUGAAUCAAAAAUGUCUCAAACUGAGCUAGCCACCAAUCUCCAAGAGUGUCUGUUCUCCCUGCUCUUCGGAUUCGCAUUCAGAUCCCCUCGCUUGCGUUCUCAGAUUAGCGAGACACAUAGCACGACAUACCUACUGUACCUACCUACCUAGGUACCUUGGGUAUCCUGGCUUUCCUGAUUCUCGGCCUGAAACAUGGUCUUGGCAUCGCCGCAAUUCGCUAUGGGCUGUUGGUGGCUGUUCCAGCCCUGGAGCGAGCCCAUCCCUUCUCAAUUGUCAUAUCACUCACAUCUCGAGCGACUGCGUAUGGAGUGAAUAGCUAUUGGUUAUACUCCUAGCAGCCGUUGCGUCCGUCGACCUACAUACCCGACUUCCCUUUCAAGGCCAUGCAGGCUUGCUUGGCGUUCCGCUGUCAAAUCCAAGACGUAUUGGCAAUUGUUUCCCUUUCUUGAGUUGCUCACUUUCCACCUUCUACCGAGCUAUUCAUGCCGUGCAACACAGGCUAGGGGUACCUGCCUGAUCCUGACAUCUGGGGCCAGAAGUCGUAGCAUCGUCGUAGAGCAGGGAAAAGAAACCCAUUCAACCCAUUCACGUUGCCCCAAAAAGAAUGGAAAAAGG